AUGGUCAACCCUGAGGUACAGUCCACGUUCCAGAAACUGAGUGAAGGAAAGAAAGAAUACCGAUACAUCAUCUUCAAGAUUGAGGAGCGUGAAGUCGUCGUAGAGGCGGCCGUAUCGCAAGAGGAAUUAGGCCUCACUGGUGACGAUUACGAUGACUCAUCCAAGGCUGCCUUCGAAAAAUUUGUGGCCGAUAUCAAGCAACGCACUGAUGGUUUUACUGAUUGCCGUUAUGCUGUUUUCGAUUUCAAGUUCACUUGCUCUCGUGUAGGUGCCGGUACAUCUAAGAUGGACAAAAUUGUGUUCCUUCAACUGUGCCCAGAUGGUGCCUCCAUCAAGAAGAAGAUGGUUUAUGCAUCUUCGGCAUCGGCCAUAAAGGCUUCGCUUGGUACAGGCAAAAUUUUGCAGUUCCAGGCAUCUGGAGUGAAGAUCGAUCCAUCAUGCAAAAAUGCGUACGAUAUGCUCCACAAUAAGCAUCAGCACAGCUACAUUAUUUUCAAGAUCGACAAAAAUGAUACAGCAAUCGUAGUGGAGAAAGUGGGCGAUAAAGGAGCGCCAUAUUCGGAAUUUGUGGAAGAAAUGCGGAAAGCCGUCGACGGUGGCAAAGAAUGCAGAUAUGCUGCCGUAGACGUAGAAGUCCAGGUUCAACGUCAAGGUACUGAAGGUGGCAGUAAGCUGAACAAGGUUAUAUUUGUGCAAUACUGUCCGGAUGAAGCACCGGUACGUCGUCGAAUGCUUUACGCUUCCUCGGUUCGUGCCCUGAAAUCGACACUUGGCCUCGAAUCGCUGAUGCAGGUAGGCUAUGGACCAAUUCAGAUUGAAUGA